AUGUCGACUAUGCUCUCCUUGCUCUCUCAAUAUGAGAUCCUCGCUAAGACAGCUACAUACGUUAGUGCCCUCGAUCUUUUGCAUCUUGGACUUGCGAAUUCGGAAUUCCAUGCCAUCAUUCUUCGAUCUGAGUCUCUUCUCAACCGCUUGAAAUUUAAUACGCUGUGCGACGGUACUGGCUUAAAAGCGCGUCAAAACUACCAAGGCCUGUACGGCCCGCAUCCGGAGUGGUAUGGAAGAGGUAAAUACAGGGCUCCACACCAUGAUGAUGAGCUUGAAGUGCGCGUAUGGAAUCUCAAGUGUGAUGAGGCAAAUGCACUUCCUUGUUUUAGGUGUGGCAUAAAUGUUUGCGAGGAAUGUCGAUUUGUGCCUCGAGUUCGAGAGCCUGCUCUCUAUUCUUCUGAUCCAGAGCCCCAGCGAAACGCAGCCGGAAUGGUUCGUAAUCUAAUUUGUUAUUGUCCAGCGUGCGAUGAGCACGCCGAGGCUGGGCUUGAUUUUUCGCUCUCGAAAGUUUGCGACUGUGAUCAAUAUAAACGUUGGAUAUGCCUUCCCUGCAAAACCAUGGAAGACACGAUAUAUGCGCUCUACUAUAGAAAGCGAACGGUAGAAGACCCGCGAUGGUACACUUCCGAAGAUUCGCCAUUCAUGACUCUCCCUAAUAAUGUUGGUCGAAGACUGAUGUGGUGUCCAUGUGGAGUAAGACCGCAGAAGGCUGGAAAUGUGCGAUGCGCGUGGUGCCAGAGAAGGCAACUUAAAAGUUGCUGGACUGAUAGAGAUUACACUAUUCCUGCUUUCGAUGAGGAUCCUGAUUGGCCCCCAGAAAGGGAUUGGGACUGGGAAAAUAAACCCCAUGGACGGGGAAUCAGGUGGGAUAGUUGGAUUCCCGAGGAUGAUGAUGAACAGUAA